ACUGCAAUACAGUGAUAGCGGCUAACUUCAUAGAAAUUAUCAAUAGACUUCGUUUUGUAUUCUUGCUUAAAAAUGACCGGCAAGAAAUCGACGAUAAGAAAGGAACUCGCAGGAAAAUUAUAUGCGGUGUCCAAAGUGCAUGCGGAAAUCGAGGCCAGCUCGGGUUGCGCUUUUAUCACUGAUUUGGGCUCAUCAAAUGGCUCUAAAAUCAAUGGGAUCUCGAUGAUCAAGAAUCGGGCGUAUCAAUUGAACAAUAACAAUACCGUGCUCAUCGGAAGGGUUGUCAGUGGCACCUACACGACGUAUAAUGAAAUUGACAACUCCUUCAUUCCAGCGACACCUGCUAAUAAGUCUCGCAGGAUUGAACCUGCUAGUCCAAAAGUUUCUUCAAAGUUAAACUCUUUGAAGGACGGCGGGGUAAAAAGGAACAUCUAUGAUGCAGAGACGCAGAAAUUGGAUAUCGGGACGGAAGGAAAUCACGAGAAUUUCAGCAUUCACGAUGCUGAUACGCAAACGGUAGAGUCCGUAUACGACGCAGCGACUCAACUAAAUUCGGAAACGCAUCAGGAUGGGAUUACCCAAAAGUUGUUUAAGGAACCGGAAGAUUAUAAUAAAAACGAACUGCGAAAUAGUCCGGACAGAUCUCUCGUUUCCACCGGAGGGAAAAAAUCAAGUUCAGAUGAGGAGCUGUUCGAAGAAGAUGGCAGAAAUACAUCGAGUCACAUUGUACAAGACUCAUCGUGUAGCAUCGAACAAUCGUUUAACAGUGAGGAUUCGACUGUUCCUGCAACUCAACCGAUUGAUGAAUGUGUAAAGGAACCACCUGUAUCUAUAAACAAGCUACAGUCUACGAAGGAGAAUUUCAGUGACAUCGAAAAAAGUCUAGACAACAUGUUCGAGGAAGUUAACAGUGUGAGCAUAGAAGAACCGACCCAACUGAUGACGCAGAAUUUGGAAAGAAUUUUGGAAUCCACUCAAGACGUGAUUGUCACCCCGAAAAGGAAAGAUCUUCGUCGCAUUUUAUUCCUCCCUAGGAAUUCAAGUUCGACUCCGAUAAGUCCACAAUCUAGUAAUACAGUGUCGAAUAAUUCAAGGGGGAAUUUAAAGAAGAUAUCUGAAACUCUGUCCUCGGGGAAAGAAUUGACUUUUGAAUUGUGCACUUCAAGUACUGCUAAUGAGAAGUUGACCAGUAUCGAACUGAUGCACAUCCUGGAAAGUCCUCGGAAGGAAUUGGAUGCACAGGAAAAUGAGGGUACGAGCACUUUGCAAGAAUCUGAAGUUACAGAUACGUUAAAGGUGCCCCAGUCGAAGAUUACAAAUGAAUCGACAGAACUGAAAGCCAAGGAAAGUACAUCAAAAUUACCAGAAACCGAGGAAAACGCGUUAGAAAAACCCGCAGAAAAUACGUCGGAGGAACUCGAAGUCAAAGACAGUGGUCAAUCCCAAUGUACAAAAGAUACCAAUACUGAAGAUAUCUUCGAAGGUCUACCUGCAGUCAAGAUAUUAGGGACUGUUUCCAAUCCUCCGAGCCCUUCCGUAUCAUCUGAUGUAUCCAGUGAUGAUAACCACAAUGAUUUUUCUAAAGCUGUAAAGAUGCAGAAAAGUACAAUAAAAUGCACAGAAGACACUGUGGAAAAUCAACCAAAGAUUUUAAAGUCUCCGAGCCUUAUAAGUGAAAUUCCCUCGAUUUCAACUUCAGUUAAAACCAAUUCAAGCAAUGAUGCAAAUAAAUCAGUGAAACUGGUAAAUUUAGACGAGGAGACUAUGCGAAAGAGAAAAAGUUCUGACAUUGUAAACAGUAAGAUACAGAUGAAAAGGAAAAAAGUUCUCCUUGAUUCAAGCAGCAAAGAUAGUUUUGUACUGUUGUCUCCCUUGAAGGUCAGAAACAAUUCCAAUAGAGAUGUUAACGAUGAGGUGGCUUCGAAUGUUUCUAACGAACUCUUGGAAACUUCUAUAUCAAAAAGUUCUAAGCUCAAGAACGGUGGAAAGUCUUCAAAACGGAAUAAAAGCAAUAACACAAGUGCAUUAAAAGAGACUCCUCCGAUAACGAAACAGUUGAGCGAGAAAAUCAGUGAGAAACAGAAUCUUCCAAAAAACUGCAGAAAAUUAGAGAUCGCUACUGCUUUAGUAAAUUUGGCAGUUAAGAACCAGAAAAAAAUCAAAACAUCAAUGGACUCGAGGGCAUUAAGUCCAGAAUCUAUGGAAGUCUCCGUAAUCAUGACAAGAAAUGCUGUAAAUGAAAAAUCUGUGCCUUCGACGAGUAGAAUUGAUACGUAUAAUGAGGAUAAAAAAUUAAGACAGAACAAAACGGUUAAUUCAGAGUCACCAAAAAACAAUUUUUUGGAGAACAAACCUAAUCUCUCUGAGCCGACAAGGCCAAAUAGGAAAAGUCUAAGGAUGGUCUCUCAAGGAAGUGCAAAAGUUGAGAUUCAUUCAACUUCGAUCAUUAAUAUCACUGAUACAGACUUAAAAGGAAACCUAAAAAGUUCAACGCCACGAAUCAGGGAAACAUCUCGAAAAAGAAAUAAGCCGAAUGAUAAUGAUACUUUGCAAAAUGAAGAUUCGGAUGAUUUGAACGAAAGCACUUCGUUUCGGGAUAAUGUAUCUGAUCUAUCAAUAAUACACCGAUCAACUAGGAGCGUGUCUUCAAUUUUAAAUUUAUCACAGAAUAAAAUAAGGCAUAAAGUCCUUUUCACUGGCUUAAAAAGCAGUGACUAUUCUAAGGUUUUGGAGAAGUUAGGUGGUUUGUGUACCGAAGAUCCUUUACAUUCUACUGUCCUGGUGACAGACAAGGUGCGACGAACGUACAAAUUCCUGUAUGCACUUUCGUUGGCAAUACCUAUUGUAUCUGUAAACUGGAUAUUGGAAAGUAAAAAAAGCAAGCAAUUUUUAAACGUAGAGGACUUUAUCCUGGAAGAUCCUGCAGCUGAGGCAACAUUUCGUUUUAGCCUGCGAGAAAGCCUUGAAAAGGCUAAGAAACAAAAAUUACUUAACGGGUAUAAGGUGGUAUUGACGCCUAAAGUUUCACCACCACCAAUUCCUGAGCUUAAAGACUUAAUUCGUGCUUCUGGUGGGACAACAUUGAUUCGUUCUCCAGCUACAUGGCAAGAUAAAGUCAUCGUUGUAUCAAGAGAAGAGGAUUUGAGCAAUGCUCGAAGAUUCGUGUCAAAGGCACCAAAAAAUGUACCUCUCGUAUCAGUAGAAUGUAUCCUGUCAGGUAUUCUACAACAAGACCUCAAUUUUGCAGAAUAUAGAUUACGGUUAACUUAAUAAUAAUUUAAUUUAAUGAUAACCCUAAGGGAUAGUUUAAGAGCAUGACUGUAAAUACACUAAUGAGAUUAUGUACAUUAACAGGACAUGUGAAUGUAACAUUGAAUGUGCCUUAUGUAUGAAUGUGUUUAUACUUUUAUUAUACUUUUAAUGAUGUAAUAACUUUAUUUCUAUCAACAUUGAAAUUUAAUAAAAGAUAAUCAUAAAUUUA